UGUAAUAGCGGAAGGUCCCCCCCAACGCCGUGUAAUAUCACAGAUACACAAUUAUUGUUUUUCUCGGCCCACCACGUCCCUAACAUUCUCCAUUCGGGGGGUAAAGGAGGCCAUGAAUUUCGAGUUCGAGCGAGAGAUUGGUUUCAUUAACAGUCAGCCGUCACUUGCCGAGUGCCUGACGUCCUUUCCCGCUGUCGCCGAUACAUUUCAAAGUUCAUCAAUCAAAAACUCGACGCUUUCACACUCGACACUAAUUCCUCCUCCUUUUGAGCAGACCAUCCCGAGCCUGAACGCCAGCAGCAGCCAUCCGCGGCCAAACCGGCAAAAGCGGCCUCCCCACGGCCUGUCCCGGUCCGCACCCCCUCCUCCGGGCACCGCCGAGUUCCCGUGGAUGAAGGAAAAAAAGUGUUCAAAGAAAAGCAGCGAAGCGCCUCCACCGCAACCGACCCCGGCCCUGGGGUGCACUCAAUCGGCCGAGUCUCCGACAGAAGUACAUAGUGAUCAAGAUAAUAGCUCCGGCUGCAGGAGGUUAAGGACAGCCUACACAAACACUCAGCUCCUGGAACUGGAGAAAGAAUUUCACUUCAACAAAUACCUGUGCAGACCACGCAGGGUGGAGAUUGCAGCCCUGCUGGAUCUAACCGAGAGACAAGUUAAAGUCUGGUUCCAAAACCGUCGGAUGAAACACAAGAGGCAAGGACAAUAUAAAGAAAACCAGGACGGGGAAGCCGGUUUUUCCAACACACCAGUAACAGAGGACGAAGCAACAGAGACCUCUCCUUAUAGCCAGCCUAUCGAGGCAACAGCGCCUUAUUUAGACCACAAAAACUCCACUGAUCAGGCGAAAAAGCAAAGCCAAAACACGCUCAGCAAAGAACUCCAAAACCUCCAGGAUCUGACUAUCUGUGCGGGCGACAAAAACAACAGAAGCUUUCUACACCAAACGCCCACAGCUGAAAACGGGUUUACUUCAGGGCAAGAUUGUAUAGCUGGUCUGGCCUAUCUCAGCCCAGACGCCCUCGAUCUCUCCUCAUUGCCUGAUUUAAACAUGUUUUCUACGGAUUCUUGUCUUCCGUUUUCCGAAGGAUUAUCUCCCAGCUUGUGCUCCAUCGACAGCCCCGUGGAACUCCCCGAGGACAAUUUUGAUAUUUUCACAAGCGCCCUCUGCACAAUAGACUUACAGCACCUCAAUUUCCAAUAACAUUUGGAAAGAUGUAGACAGUGUAGACGUUGAGCCAUGUUUAACCGAGUUCAGUAUUUUUUUUUCCGUUUUUCAUUCUAAGUUACAAUAAUGUGGAAUAACGUGUCUGUGGCACAGGACAGGAAUCAUCCACAUUAAAUGUAUUCUUCAGCCUUGGUGUGGAGUCUACGAGAAUUGCAGUCUUUAUUUGCACAGGUAUUUAAUUAAAUGCGAAUCUGAUUUAGCUUUAGUUUCAUAAACAAUAUGAAAUAGUCGGAAUAUUCAAAGACAAUGCAAACAAUUUUAGAUUCCCCCCUUUUCCCGCCUACUCAGGAAGCACAUUUGAAAAUUGUAUUUAUAGCAAGCUGCUUUCUCCUAGCGUUCCAACACCGCGACUGUGUCCUGGUCUUUAUGUUUCGGAAGUAGCCUAUUUAUUAAAACAAACUUUCAAAUAGUGAAUUUUAAAUUAUUUAUUGUACAUUAUUUUCAUAGGUGAAAUAAAACUUAAUUCUUUAAUGAA